UUGAGUUUUGUUUUUCUUUUGAAAGUGAUAACUGUACUCCAUGCUUUAAAAAUGUACAGUGCUGGAAUACUUCUUUUAGUGCUAUGUGCCUACUAUGCCCAUGCAUCAGACUGCAAUGAUCUUUCAGGAACAUGGCAAAACGAGCUAGGGUCAACAAUGACGAUUAAGCAUGAUGUUUCUUCUAAUUACAUAACAGGUCGAUAUAAAACAAUGGUGUCGACCUCCGUUGGGGCUGGAAAAGGCUUUUCGAAUGUGACAGGUUGGUCUGUUCCUGUUAAAGACGGUGCAGUUAUUUCGUUUUCGGUGCUUUUCGACAAUGGCGCAACUGUAACAGUUUGGGUUGGACAAUGCAGUGUUUGUGAUGAAAGAGAGUAUAUUUUUGCAUCUUACGCUUUAAGAAAAUACAUUGAUGACCCCAAAAAUAGAUGGAUGUCUACCAUCGUAAAUCAAAACACUUUUUGGAAAGAAAACUACUCAAGUUCCGAGUCCAGUACUGCUGAACUCAUCGAUUCGGAGUCAAGAGAGGAAUCUUCGGACUCCUUUGUUCCCGAAAGAGAUAACUCGAAAAUACUUGGUGACUGGGUGUCAGAAGAUGGAAGCAAAAUGAAGUUUACAUCGAAAAACCAUCAUGAAAUUUCCAUACAAGGAAUUUACGAGGAACUUCUUUUCACUGGUCGCAGUGGUAACAGCAAAGAUUUCACUGCGAUAGGCAUGGUCUUUGCUUCUGCUAAACAUUCGUUUGUAAAGGCAUGGACAGGCCACAUACAUGAAAAAGAAGUGAACGAUAAAGCACUGUUGCUAACAUCUUGGAUUGAACAUACUUUCAACCCUAGCUGUAAAACACCCAGGAAUCUCGUUCGAUUUGGAAUGCAAAAUUUUACAAAAAUAUAUGAUGGCAAUGAUACACCUGUUGCAGAUACCUUUCUUGAGAAGAUCAGAAACUUUUUCAGGCAUCUUUUCUGAAAUCCUUCAAGAAUUAUUUAAGUUACGCUCGGCUGAAUUUCAAUCAAUGCUGUCCUUUUUUUUUUUUUUUUGUACCGAAGUGGAGAGUUAAAACUCUCUUCACGGUUUUCAAACCCAAACGCUUUAGCUAUAUCUUAUCUUCAAAAAAGGAAAAGAGAGAAGAAGAAGAAAAAGAGAACGAUAGAGAGAAAGGCUUUUGUAAAAAGAAGUUGAAGAUUUUUAAAAGAAUCAUUUCUAUGUAUUAAUCUCAAUUUGUAAGCCAUAUUCUACAUACAGAGUGGUCCGAAAGUGGGUGCCGUGCCCCAAUUUUAUUUUCAACAUUAUUUCAGUUAUGGUUUAAUGUACAUUGUACGCAUUGCCGUGAAACGAAUCAUAAAAAUCGGUAGAAACACCAUCCAUAUCGUAACACAACUGAAUUCUGCACCACACUCUUGCAGAUAUUUUGCUGAGUUUUGGGCGUUUGGAGAUGUUUUACCGCAAAACGUCAGCGAGAAUAUACAACAGAAUUCACAUGUGUUAUGACAUUACAUGGGUGGUAUUCCUCCAAUGUUUAUAAGGGUAACUGCGUUUAAUAAACGUUCACUCAUUGCUGACAUAAUGUUGAAAAUAAAAGAGGGAUCUACUCACUUUCAGUCCUCUCUAUACAAUGAGUCCCUGGUGGAAUAAUUUAAAGUUUUGCCUAAAGCUGAAAAAGCACACCAGCGAAAGUUCAACAAAACUAAAUGUUUUCGAACAAGUUAACAGAACGCCAGCAGCGACAGUAAAUAUCUUCAACUACAGGGUGUCCGAAAAGUCCUCGACACAUUUAAAAAAAUCACAGAAAAGCAAAAAAAUAGUCGCUUGAAUAUGUAGUUUGUGCCGUAAUACUUUACAGGUUAAAGACUUUUUAUGGCGUCGUAAAAAAGUAGUUAUAAGUAAUCGCUGUAUCGUCACAGUAAGGAAAACAAACGUCAUGUGAGGUGUGUAAUCAUUUUAUUAAACAAGAAGGCAAUGCCUUUUAUUACCGGAGUUCAAUGUGCGUGCAUCGUUGUUGCUCGAACCACAUCUAAAAGGCACUCAAGUUCAUCCCAUGUCCGUAAACGGUACAGGCAUUGAACUCUAGUUAUGAAAGGUAUUGCUUUCUGUUGUAUAAAAUGAUUAACUAACUCACAUGACGUUUACUUUACCUAACGAUACAGCGGUUACUUAUAACUACACUUUUUUCUUUUUUCCCCUUUUUUAAGCUGUUAUAAUAAUUUCUUGAACCUGUGAAGUAGGCCAACCGCAUAUUCAUAUGAUAAUUCGUUCAUGUUCUAUGAAUUUUUAAAGUGUGUGUCAAAGACUUUUCGAACCCCCUGUACAAUAAAUAACAUCCAUUAGAAUGGAAUCAUAGCUCUGAGUUCAACUAUUGGA